GGAGCUCUCAGUGCCGGUGCCACCAGAGGAGCGCGUUCCAGUGGUGAGGAGAACACGUCCGGUCUGCAGCUCCCUCCGAGCCGUGGCACUUCCUCAGCCUCGAUCAGCUGAUAGAGCAGAGAUCACCGGCUGGAGGAAUGUUUUAGGCACAACUUGUCUCCAGAAGGUGCCAGUGAAGCGGCCAGUGUGCGCCCUUAUGAUGCGGAGAGAGCGAGUCUCUGUAGUUUGGCGUUAUGAACGGAGCGCAGACGGAACCCGACAAACCGCUUUUAUGGAUUGAGUGACUGACGUAGUGAUUGAUUGGCAUUUUUAUUUCCUAUAAUAUUAGGCGUUGUGUUUAUGUCGUGGUAAGUGCUCAAAUCUAAAAGAACUGUGGAUUAAUUGGUCAGACUUGGAUAUUUCUCGGGUGGCGCGUCUGUAUUUUGAAGUUGAAUAAGGAUUUGGACUUUUUACACUUGACCUAAACCACGAUAAAGGAUUUUGAGAAGAGGAGUCCCCCCCGCCCCCACGCAGUGGAAAUAUCAGUCUAACUGGACCUCAACUCAUUUUCUAUCCCCACCAAAAUGAAGUCUGUCACGGUGUGGAUGUGUGUUCACAUCUGUCUCCUGCUUUUAGAUGGGGCAGCAGGUUCAUGGGAAGGCCCUUCAUCCUUGUCUCUGUCCUUGAGCACCAAUGCUCCUGCAUCCACAGGUGCUGGGUCUGGGCCUCGAGCUCAGUCUGAAUGGGUGGACUGCAUCCAGGCCAGUGACAUGUGCAACCAGAACCCUCAUUGCAGCUCUCGGUACCGGGUGAUGAGGCAGUGCCUUGUGGGCAAAGAGAAGGAAGUCAUGCUGGAUAACAACAGAGAGUGUCAGGCUGCCCUAGAGGUGCUACUGGUUAGUCCUCUGUAUGACUGCCGCUGCAAGAGAGGCAUGAAGAAGGAGCUGCAGUGUCUGCAGAACUACUGGACUAUCCACAUGGGACUCAACGAAGGUGGAGACAUGGAUGAUUCAUCUCCGUAUGAGCCCGUACCCCCAAAUCGACACCCUGACGCUUUCCGCUUGGCUUCAAUCUCAUCAGGGAUGCUCACAGUUGCACCCAAAGGUUUUCAGUGUCCUGAUGCUGAGAAAAACUGCAACCCUUGUCUGGAUGCAGCCAAAGCCUGCAACCUCAACAACAGCUGCAAAAAGCAACGCUCCAGCUACAUCGCCAUCUGCAGCAAGGGUGAAACCUGCAGCAAGAGGCGGUGCCACAGAGCCUUGAGAAUGUUCCUGGACCGCGUGCACCCCGAGUUUAGCCACCGUCUGCUCUUCUGCCCCUGCCAGACUGAGGGCUGUGCUGAACGUCGCAGGCAGACAAUCGUUCCCGACUGCUCCUACAUAGAAGGGGAAAAACCCAACUGUCUGGAGCUACGGAAAAUCUGCCGCCAGGACUCACUCUGCAGGUCAAGGUUGGCUGAUUAUUUGGCCAACUGCUGGAUGCCUCCACAUACAGCGAGCACCUGUCCAAACCAGGACAAUCACCAAGCCUGCCUGAGCUCCUUCACAAGACUCAUAGGUACAGAGAUGACUCCCAAUUACGUGGACAACAGGUUUUCCGACUGGGUCAUAUCCCCCUGGUGCACCUGUGAGGGGAGUGGGAACCAAGAGGAGGAGUGUAUGAACUUCCUGCACUACUUCACCAACAACACUUGUCUAAGAAAUGCCAUCCAGGCCUUUGGUUAUGGAAUGGACAGCAUGCAGAACAAAAGUGUGUCUGUCCCCGCGCCCCCUCCCACCAAGACAGGAUGGUACUGGUCCAAUGACACCUUAGAGCGUCCCUUUGUCAACGUCCAAAAGUAUCCUGAACCCAGAGACGGUGGCAACACUCAACGCCUGCCAGAGGAUCGAUCGGCCUUCCUGCAUGUCAAUGUCUGGGCUGUGCUUCCCAGCCUGGUGUUGGCUCUGGUCCUGGCCCAGCAUGCCUUAUAGAAGUGUAAGAUAAUGAAAAAGAAAAGAAAAGAGGUCAUCCACCCACAAGCUGAUCCCAAAAGCAGAAGGUGUUAUUUCUGUGACUGAUAAAGAAGACUGAACCAACCUCUGGGUACUUGACGUAAAUGGCAUUUAGAAAAAAGCAAAAAGGAGGCGAGAAGUACAUGUUGACAUUUUUACAACUGUGAAUUUGUUGUUCAUUUGGUGUUUUGUUCGGGCGAACCAUAACUGUGAUAGAGCACAUGGCUUUAAAAAGGACCCUUGGUAGCGGAGGCCGUUAAGGCCGUCCUCUAUAGGAACAAUCUCCAUCUGUGUGAGACACCGAAACCUGGAGGACUGAAUCUGAUCACGUUAACAGAGAAUUCUCUCCUUUUCUCACCAAAGGAGUGACAGAAUGAAUGAACGACCUCAUUUAAAAGAAGUGACAGAGAAGAAAAAAAAAAUCGAAAUGAGCAUGAAGUGAAAAGAAAGAGACAUAUUUCUGCUAUCAGUCACACUUUUAUUUUUGUCUUGAAUUGGUUUUACGACUUAAUACUCUCCCAGCUUGGACAAACAGCAGAGGAAUUUGUGACAGGAUUGGAAGGCUGUGGUGGGUGAGGGGGAGGGCUAGCAGGGGGGGGUAAAAACAUGUUCUUAUCAAAACAAGUAUAACUCUAAAUGGUAAAAGCCUACUCAGUGUUCUAAGUGUCGGUAUUAGUAUCCGUGACCAUCAUUAACCUAACAUGCAGCGCUCGCUCUCAUCUGGGUGUCGCAGUAGGCCUACAACUACAUUUUUAACAAAAAGAAGUUAAGACAAUUACUGGAUGUUUUGGUCAUUUGAGCUGUUGUUGUUGAGGUGUCACGUGCACCUGCCUUUAUGUAUAUUUAUGUCUUUAUGUAUAUAAAUAGUUUACUUUCAUUCAGCAUAAAGAUAGCCACAGUACCCAGAGUGGACAUUACUGUAUGAUACCAUGGCUCUGUACUGAGUAUUAAUUACUAAUGGAAGAUCAGCAUUAUCUGCGUUUAUAUUUGUCUAUUAAGGGUCGAUCAACAAGAAUGAAUGUAUACAGGGUUGAGAUUAAAAGGAGCUCCAACUGCUUGAAAAGCCAUAACA